AUGUCUACAACUGAAAACGAAAAUGCUGACCAGGAGGUUGAACGAACUGUCAGCUGGGAAGAUAUGCUUAGAGAAAGCCCCAAAGAACCCGAAAAAGAGAUGUUCCAGUAUGAUAAGGAACAGCAGCUACAUUUCAUGGCGAACCCUACGACACCCUAUGAAACACUGAGUCAAAUUGACAAGAGGAAGAUCGCAAAAAACAAAGAGAUCGAACCUGGCAAGGCAAUGACCGCGCCAGCUCCCGAGGACUACUCUAAGAGUGAUGCAAGAAGCGUAGGACCGGCAUUGACUGAUAAGAAAAGUAGCAAGAAGGUGAUUGUCAAGUUCAUAAGUCAGAAGAAGUAUGAGUCCAAUCCUUAA